UGACAAGCUCACCAAGAUUUAACCUUGCAUGUCAUGUCUGAUACUUUGUGACUAGAUGAUUCGUUUGGUUUCCCGAUUGAGGAAAGCAGAACAUCCCGUGACAGCAACACGUGCGGACAUCACCAUCUCGCAUUCCGGCCAGAUGAGCGAAUUGACGAAAGUCUCACUCUGUCUCACCCAGUUUUAGUGCCGGAGGAAAGCCGUCCUGUCUGGGAAUCGGUUGUCUCCCAGCUACUUACUACUGUGGUACAGAAUACAAACCCCAGGAUUACCUUUAGGAUGGCUCCGCAUCCGCAUGGCUACCGGCCCGCUAUUAAACGCAUGGUCGAAUGAGCUGGACGCAUGAGAUUUCCCCAAUAUAUGCUCGAUAAGACACCCCAUGUCCUCGUCAUCGUACUUCAACACAGCCGUGGAUCAUAUACUGACAUCUUCAUGGAUGAUGCCUCUUCAGUCUGCCAAUCACAAGGUUUUCUGGGAUGUCCGAAAGCGGGUGCAGGAGGUGGUGCCGCAGGAGCUACUACCAGCAUUUACUCAGUACUACAUCAUCUUAAACGGCGGAAUGCGGCAAUCGAAGCGGAAGCCAUCAGGUCGAAAGCCGAUCAGCGGUAUUUGAUAGAUGGGCCAAUCCAAGGGAAGGUUAACCAAAGUAGCCGUGUAGGUUACCGGAAGAAGAUACAUCCAGUUGUAGCUUGACUUGGCUUGGGGAUGUUCGGGCCCAAAAACCCAAAAUGCGCGCUUUCUUAUUUAGCAGGAUAGGUAUACAUUAAUGAAGGAA